ACACCAGGAUCAGCCGCCGGACGAGGCAGAAGUGCAGCUCGAGCGUAUUAACCGGUGGGCAUUUGUGGGCGAGUUGUGUAUACACGGCAACCCAAGUGGUGUUGAUAACACUGUGUCUACCGGCGGCAAAGCUGUCAUAUUCAGGAGAGGGGACUACUCCAAGCCACCAACCGUCACCCCAAUGCUAGACUUCCCGCAAAUGAAGCUUCUCCUGAUCAACUCGCGCCAGCCUCGGUCCACAGCUGUCGAAGUUGCAAAGGUUGCCGCGCUGAAGAAAGCACACCCAGUCGUGACAGAGUCGAUCCUGGAUAGCAUCGACCAUACCACUGAGAGUGCAUACCGCCUCAUCGCCUCAGACGAUUUUGACGAACACUGCAGUGAGAAGAUAAAUCACCUCGGAGAGCUAUUCCGCAUCAACCAUGGCCUGCUCGUGUCUCUGGGAGUUUCUCACCCUCGCCUAGAGCGGAUCCGAGAGUUGGUCGACCAUGCUGAUAUCGGUUGGACUAAGUUGACGGGCGCUGGUGGAGGAGGGUGUACCAUCACUUUAUUCAAGGCCAAGUGGAACGAGGAAGCAAUUGAACAUCUGGAGGAACAGCUCAACGACGAGGGCUAUGAUCGUUACGAAACCUAUCUAGGAGGAGACGGGGUGGGCGUUCUCUGGCCCGCCGUCCUCCAGAAUGGCACCGACGAAGAGGGCGGCGAGGAAAUAGACCAGAUCAAGUUCGAGAAUGCCGUUGGCAUCAGCGGUAUCGAACAGCUCGUCGGUGUUGGCGGACGAGAGAAGAGGGAAGGCUGGAAGUUCUGGAGACGCGGAACUUCGACCUGAUUGAUAUACGCUUGAUGCUGGAUACAAAAAGGGGGGGAGUUGAAUAGACUCCGUGGACGACGGAGAUGGACUACUUCUUUUCUUCCCUACGUUUUCGGUCAACACCACGCUUGCUCGACUAUUUUCUAUUGGUUCGGAGUCUUGCGAGCUCUCUAAUGCCUUUUAUUUUGGCAUGCUUCUUCCUUCUGACAUCUUGAUACUUGAUACUCCUAUGCCUUUCUAAUAACUAGCCGUGUACGAAGUGAAGACGACGUUCAAUUCUUGCUUCAUUUCAGGCCCUGAUUUUGCCUUUCUUUAGACCAGUACUUCACAGUAGCUACCAAUACAAUCUAUCGUCCAUCUCCACAUAAUCAAUAUCCUUUUUCUACUGCUUCGAUCUCUUCCAAUCUUUGCUUCUUCUGCUUCUUCUGUCUGGAUGUCUUUUAUAGUUGAUUACCUAAUCAGCCUAUUGUGCCGUCCAGCUUCUUUGUUCGAACAAUACAAAAACAUCAAUUCAUCCCAUGAGCCUUGGAGUGCGGCUUUGGAUAUAAAAUAACACGAACCGCCUCUUCAGCCUACGCCGUCUGCCUGGCAGAUGCCCAAGUCCAUCUCCGUUGCUACUGGCUGGAAUAUGCAAAGAAAUAAAUAAAAACCCAAUACCCUGCCAUGUCAAAGUACUCCUCCGACCCCGCGUGGGCAUCAGUUACUCCCAUCCCUCUGGAUGAUGGAUCAAACCGCUUUACCCAAGCAGACAGAGAAAAUGCUGCUGGCGAUGAUGCUGUGACUACUGCUAAUGUGGCUAGCGAGGCGUUGCCGCUUGCAACGAUCGCCUAUUCAGAGGGCUAUGCCGAGGCCACAGCGUAUCUGCGAGCUGUGAUGGCUGCAAACGAGAUGUCAGACCGAGCUCUUGCUUUGACCGAAGAUGUGAUUCGAUCAAACCCAGCCCAUUAUACCGUCUGGCUGUACAGAGCACAAAUACUCAAUGCUCUAGGAAAGGAUCUAAAUGCUGAGCUUGCCUGGCUCAACCAGCUAUCCACUCAGUAUCUAAAGAGCUAUCAGAUAUGGCACCAUCGCCAAGUGAUAAUGUCCAAUGAAUCUGUAUUCCCUACCUUACCUGAAGGAGAACUGGAGUUUCUAGCGAAGAUGUUUGCUCUAGACUCCAAGAACUAUCAUGUCUGGACAUACAGACACUGGCUUCUGCGGCAUUUCAAGCUGUGGGACUCCCCUGCUGAGUUGGAGGAUAUAGAAAGAAUGAUUGACGAGGAUGUGAUGAACAAUUCGGCCUGGAACCAUCGGUGGGUUAUGCGAUUUGCGCCGCGGGAGGGAUUUGACAGCGGGCUGCCCGGGGUGGGAAUCCCAGGCGGUAUUGGUGGCGCCGGUGCAGGCAAGAUGGUCGUUGUGGACGAAGAAAUGGUUGAUGGGGAGGUUGAGUAUGCAAAAAAGAAGAUUGUGUUGGCUCCUGAGAACCGAAGCCCAUGGGCCUAUCUGCGAGGUGUGCUUAAGGCUGCAGGCAGAGGCUUGGAGGACCUCAAGGGAUUUGCAGAGCGGUUCAUCGUUAAAGAAGUCGUUGAAGAGGGUCAGGGUGAGUUCUUGGUCAAGAGCAGCCAUGCGUUGGAGUGGCUAGGCGACAUAUAUGCCGAGCAGGCGCAUGAGGCUGAGGCAAAGCACAGCGCGGUGCAGAUGUUUACGCUUUUGAAGGAUAAAUAUGAUCCAAUCAGGAGGAAUUACUGGGAAUACCGGAUUAGGUCAAUGGACAAGUAGGGAAUGGAGAAGGUAGCAGUGAAAUUAUGUAUUCAGUCUCUAUUUUCUAUCUCUCUCUUGCGAAGAUAUGUGCGGAUGUUUUUGUAUCAACACCGAAGGUCAAAUAAAAGAUAAGGACGAGGGAUAGAAAUGACACACUGUUAUCUAUACACAGUGAUGG